GGGUUCCACCCCUUCCGGAGAGAGCGCGCGAUGAGUGGUUGUCGCUCGUGUCCAAUCAACGCCCGGUUGUUGGAUUCAAAUCAAGAUCCCUGGGGGAAGGGAGCUUCUAGCAGUUAGUUGUGGUUUCCGUCGCCGCUUCGCCUUCCCCGGCUCUGCCUCGGUGCUGCUGCUUGUCGCCGGCGUUGUUCUUCGGGCUUCUCCGCUGCCGUCAGCAUGGCCCACAAGCAGAUCUACUACUCAGACAAGUAUUUUGACGAGCACUACGAGUACCGGCACGUCAUGUUACCUCGAGAACUUUCCAAACAAGUGCCCAAAACCCACCUGAUGUCUGAAGAGGAGUGGAGGAGGCUGGGGGUCCAGCAGAGUCUUGGCUGGGUCCACUAUAUGAUUCAUGAACCAGAACCACAUAUUCUGCUUUUUAGAAGACCUCUUCCAAAAGAACAGCAAAAAUGAAGUUUAUUUGGGUUCUUCACUUAAAUUUUUUUCAAACUAUGUAUAUGUGUAUAUAUGGGUAGUAUUCAGUGAAUACUUGAAAAUGUACAAAUCAUUCAUCCGUACCUGUGCAUGAGCUGUAUUCUUCACAGCAACAGAGCUCAGUUAAAUGCCACUGCAAGUAGGCUGCUAUUCAACGUUUAAGAUACAAUUUUUCUCUCUAGUCGAUUUUAUCUUUCCUAUAAGUGCCUAUUUGACUUCUCCUUGAAUGACAUUUGUUUAAUAAAGUUCACGUGUUACAUGUAUAUCUGAGUACUUGGUAAUUGGGCUAGCUGUUUAUGUUCCAAUUUUCAUUGUUAAUUUAUGAAUAAAAUGUAAAUUUCUUUCAGUUGUUGUAGAAACUAUAAUCCAAGGAAAUGAACUCUAAAAGCAAAGCAGAAAACGUUAAAUGAAUAUUACGAGUGGGCUCUCUAAUAGCACUCCUUUGGCCGGAAGGUCGCUGCCACUUUCCCUAAAAGGCAGUGAAAGGGCUCCGGACUCACUGGGUCUAGAGGAGCGAGCAGGGGUCAAAUCGAUGGUUCCUGCCACGUAGGACAGGUCUCUAGAGCACGAGAACAAGGCCCGCGGCUUAGAGUGGAUGUUUCCUUGUGAUUUGGAGGAUGGGAUAUUUGGGGAAGCUGCAGCCAGCGGAAUCCACAUCUUUGACUAUUCUUUAAUGCUCUUGUUAAUGAAGUAAACUUGUGUUAAAUUUCAA